GUAUACUGUGUUCGCAGUUUGCAGUUUGCACUUCGCAGGGUGGCUGUACAGCCUGUGCACCGUCACUUUGCGUCCAGCAAGGGAUCUUUUUCUUACGGGCAUAAGUGGGAGAAGGAGGUGGCAAGAGAGGGAGAGAGCAGAAAGAUUCCGAGAAAGGGCGAACGAAGUGGGUGGUGAGAGAGAGAGAGAGAGAGAGCGACCUCGCCGCGCCGUUAACAUUCGCUCGCACCCACGCAUACAGAAUUACAGACGCAGCGCAGCCGAAGCGGAGUGCUCAAGUGCUCUCGGGGCGAGGGACCUUGCGCGAGCCACCCCGAGGAGUUACUCCAACACCUUGGUGGCGCACCAGAUACCAGCGAGCGAGCGAGCGAGCGAGAGGGUGACGGUACAUUACCGGGUUCGUAUCGCGUUCGCGAGGAGGAAUCGAGCAUUUUCUUCAGGGAGAAUUAAGAGAAGCCCCCUCCCAGCAAAAAGUGAAAGAGAGCAGCAAAGAAGAAGAUCUUUAGGAGCGCCUGUCUGUAACUUGUAAACGCAUUCGCGAAGCAAGGAUGGUACGGAGAUUCUGCAACGGCGCGGUUGCACUUGGCAUCGCCCUGACGGCCUGCGCCGCUUUUCCGCGCGCCGUCAUGGCGAUCGACCUCAGCCGCUUCUACGGUCAUUUCAACACGAAACGUUCGGAGGCUUGCCAUCCGUACGAACCGUUUAAGUGUCCAGGCGACGGUAUCUGCAUCUCGAUACAGUAUCUCUGCGACGGAGCACCCGACUGUCAGGAUGGAUACGACGAGGACUCAAGAUUGUGUACCGCAGCCAAACGACCGCCCGUAGAGGAAACUGCGAGUUUUCUGCAGUCUCUGCUAGCCAGCCACGGUCCCAAUUACCUAGAGAAGUUGUUCGGAACCAAAGCACGUGAUACGCUAAAACCUCUCGGUGGUGUGGAGAAAGUGGCCAUCGCGCUGUCGGAAUCGCAAACGAUCGAGGACUUUGGCGCAGCGCUACACCUGAUGCGCUCGGAUCUCGAGCAUCUGCGUUCAGUUUUCAUGGCGGUGGAGAACGGCGACCUGGGCAUGCUGAAAUCUAUCGGUAUCAAGGACUCCGAACUGGGCGACGUCAAGUUCUUCCUCGAGAAACUCGUUAAAACGGGCUUCCUUGAUUGAACGGUCACACUCGCCGCCGAACCGUCGUCGUCGUCGCCGCCGUCGCCGCCGCCGCCGUCGCAUCGCCGCCGGUGUCGCGUCACCGUCGUCGCAUCAGCAGACCCUUCGUUUGAUAAAGCCUAAAUCAUCCUUUCCGCGAGCACUUCUAUCUUUCCUUCGUCGCGAGUUCUUACGCGCAGGAUGUAGCCUGUCAUUUUUCUUUCCUUUCUUAUCCUUUUCGAAUCUUUUGCUCUCGCUUCAACGCGCCGAGCGCGAUCACGAGCACCGAGAUGAUCAUCGAGACCCGUGUAUGAGGGAGCGAAUUUCGAAUCUUCUGCAUGAAACGAACAAUCAAACGGAUUUCCAUUUCAUGUAUCUCUCGUACCUCUAUCACGUUUGG